AUGUCCGCCAUACCCGACGAGACGCUCUCCCGAGUCCUCGAGAAGAUCCAACUCCAGGUCUACCAGACGAACCAACAGCUUGCGGCGCUACGGGCGCAGAUCGCGGCCCGCGAGCGAGAAGCCAAACUCAACACCUUGACGCUCACCGAGCUGCAGGGCAUUCAGGAUCCCAAUGCUGCUUUCUACAGGAGUGUAGGGAAGAUGUUCAUGCAAGAUUCCCAGGCGCAGGUGCUCGCAAGCCUCACAGCUCAACAACAAGCCCUCACAAGCGACGUAGAGGCCCUGCACAAGAAGCAAAAGUACCUCCAAAAGCAAGGCCAGGACGCACAAUCGCACCUCAAAGACAUUUUCUCCAGCGUCAACCGUCAGCAGCAGCAACAGCAGGCCUAA